GUGUCCCCAACGUGUCCCCAACAUUCUCGGGUCCCCCACAGUGUCCCCAUGGCCCUCAGGUGCCCCCAUGGUGGCCCUGUGAUCCUUGGAUGUCUCAGUGUCUCCAUGGUCCUCAUGUCCCCACGGUGUCCCCACGGCCUUCAGGUCCCCCCAUGGUGGCCCCGUGGUUCUCAUGUCCCCAUUGUGUCCCCAACGUCCUUGGGUCCCCCAUGGUGCCUCCAUGGUGACCUUGUGGUCCUUGGAUGUUUCUCGGUGUCUCCACAGUCCUCAUGUCCCCACCGUGUCCCCAACAUCCUCAGGUCCCCCACGGUGUCCCCACAGCCUUCAGGUCCCCCCAUGGUGGCCCCGUGGUUCUCAUGUCCCUGACGUGUCCCCAAUGUCCUCAGGUCCCCCAUGGUGUCCCCAUGGUGUCUCCAUGGCUCUCAAGUGCCCCCAUGGUGGCCCUGUGGUCCUUGGAUGUCUCUCGGUGUCUCCAUAGUCCUGGUGUCCCCACGGCCUUCAGGUCCCCCCAUGGUGGCCCCGUGGUUCUCAUGUCCCCAUUGUGUCCCCAACAUCCUUGGGUCCCCCAUGGUGCCCCCAUGGUGGCCCUGUGGUCUUUGGAUGUCCCUUAGUGUCUCCAUGGUCCUCAUGUCCCCACGGUGUCCCCACAGCCUUCAGGUCACCCCACAGUGGCCCCAUGGUUCUCAUGUCCCCAGUGCAUCCCCAACAUCCUCGGGUCCCCCAUGGUGUCCCCACGCUGUCUCCAUGGCCAUCAGGUGUCCCCAUGGUGGCCCUGUAGUCCUUGGAUGUCUCAGUGUCUCCAUGGUCCUCACGUCCCCACGGUGUCCCCAACGUCCUCACGUCCCCCACGGUGUCCCCACGGCCUUCAGGUCCCCCUAUGGUGGCCCCAUGGUCCUUGUGUCUCUCUUGGUGUCCCCAACAUCCUUGGUGUCCCCACAGUGUCCUCAUGGCCUUCAGGUGCCCCCAUGGUGGCCCUGUGGUCCUUGGACAUCUGUCGGUGUCCCCAUGGUCCUCAUGUCCCCACCGUGUCCCCAGUGUCCUCCAGUCCCCCUCGGUGUCCCCACAGCCUUCAGGUCCCCACCAUGGUGGCCCCAUGGUCCUUGGGUCUCUUUUGGUGUCCCCAACAUGUUCCCAACGUCCUCGGGUCCCCUACAGUGUCCCCACAGCCUUCAGGUGCCCCCAUGGUGGCCCUGUGGUCCUUGGGUCUCUCUCGGUGUCCCCAAUGUCCUUGGGUCCCCCAUGGUGUCCCCACGACCUUCAGGUCCCCCUGUGAUGGCCAUGUGGUCCUUGGGUCUUUCUCAGUGUCCCUGAUGUGUCCCCACAGUGUCCCCAGGGUCCUCAGGUCACCCACGGUGGCCCUGGGGUGCUUGGAUCUCUGUUGGUGUCCCCAACGUCCUCAGGUUCCCCACGGUGUCCCCAUGGCCUUCAGGUCCCCCCAUGGUGGCCCCGUGGUCCUUGGGUCUUUCUUGGUGUCCCCAACAUCCUCGGGUUCCCCAUGGUGUCCCUAUGGCCUUUAGGUCCCCCCGUGGUCCUUGGAUCUCCCUUGGUGUCCCCAACAUGUCCCCAACAUCCUCGGUGUCCCCAUGGCCUUCAAGUCCCCCCGUGGUGGCCCCGUGGUCCUUGAGUCCCCAGUGUGUCCCCAACGUCUUUGGGUCCCCCACGGUGGCUCUGCAGUCCUUGGGUCUGUGUUGGUGUCCCCAAGGUCCUCGGGUCCCCCACGGUUGGCCCCAUGGCCUUCUGGUCCCCCCAUGGUGGCCCCGUGGUCCUUGGGUCUCUCCUGGUGUCCCCAACGUUUUCGGGUCCCCCACAGUGUCCCCGCAGCCCUCACUGUCCCCACGGUGUCCCCAUGGCCAUGGUGGCCCCGUGGUCCUUGGGUCUCUUGGUGUCCCCAAGAUGUCCCCACAGUGUCCCCAAGGUCCUUGGGUCCCCCAUGGCGACCCUGUGGUCCUUGGGUCUCUCUUGAUGUCCCCAUGGUCCUCAUGUCCCCCAGGGUGUCCCCAUGAUCCUUCGGUUCCUCUCGGUGUCCCCAUGGCCCUCAGGUCCCCCCCAGUGUCCCCAGAGUGUCCCCAUGGUCCUUGGGUCUCUCCCAGGUUCCCCCCAGUGUCCUCAGGGUCGUCACGGUGUCACCAUGUCCCCCCGGCAUCACUGCGGUCCCUGUGCCACCUCUGGUGUCCCCAACUCCCCCAUGGUGUCACCACAUCCACCUUGAUAUCACCGUGGUCCCUGUGUCCCCCAUGGUGUCAGCCUUGACAUCACCGUGCUUCCUGUGUCCCCUGCGAUGUCCCCCAUGGUGUCCCCAAGUGCCCCAUGGUGUCACCAUGUCCACCUUGACAUCACCGUGGUCCCUGUGUCCCCCGUGGUGUCCCCGUGUCCUCCGUGACGUCCCCACCACCCUCGCGUCCCUCACCCCAUC